GGGAGGGGGGGUUAGGUGGGCGGUCCACUAACCCGAAGAGCCCGUUAUAUCUGUGAGCGGCUCUUUCAGCGUCUUUACGGGAACACGGUGUAACCAUUCUGCUUUGAGACACUGACCCACCCCCCCGUCCGCCAGUGUGCCUCGGAAAGCUGCUUUCCAAAGAGCUCCGUGUGAUCGUGGAAACAUUCCCUGCACCACACCGCCGGACAGGACGCGCACAAGACUGCAGAUUGCACAAGCGUCUCGCUUGGCCGUCGUUGUGGAGUACAGAGUGUGUUUCCCUCCUGAGACGUGUGUAGUUCUUGGAUCAUGUGACAGUGGACUGCCCGGUGACAGAGUUCCUCUUCCAGCAGAGAGAGAGAGAGAGAAAGAGAGAGAGAGAGAGAGAGAGAGGAGGCAGGCAGGCAGGCAGGGUUCACCCACUCCGUGCUGCUUCGUACCCGAGCUCGGAGAGGCGGACACUGAGCGAUGGGCGUCGGCAAGAACACCAAGUCUGCGGAGGCAGGGGGCGGGGCCGACGGGAAGUACGACGACGAAUCGAAACAGUCGGAGUCAUUCUAUCCUGUGGUUGUCAAUGGAGGAGCCCAGUCUAACGGGGACCAAGACACUGAAGACACUGAGCUCAUGGCAAUCUACUCUAAAGAGAAGGGCCCAACAGAGAAGGUAAUCGCAGGUCAGCAAUGGACCGGGUUUAUUAUUCACCACUCCUGGGGAGGAACGGCUUCGUUUAUCUUUCUGAGAUCUGUGCAGAUCUGAAAAGAAGCCUGUUUAAAUUUUCUUUCCACUGUUAGAAAAAUAAAGAAAUACUUAAGAGCUGUUUCGAUAAGCAACCCUUCUGGGCAUCCCCAUGCGGGGUUGUGGUCAUGUUGUUCUUUGUAAUAACUGCAGGCAAAUGUCGCAUUGCUGGUUUGGGGGUUGUGGUGGGGAAUGUGCAAAGCACUGGGGCAAGGCUGGACUCGCCAAACUCCCUUCACUUUUCAUAGCCGUGAGCUAGGCCCUUAUUUCUGGAAUCUCUUCGUCACGGUGACUGAGCAGUGUGUGCUGUCACCGGAGCUCUGUCGCAUGGUCUGGCUUUGUGACAUCACAGCAGGGCUGACAGGUGAUGCUGUCAUUAGGGUGUGGUAUUUUACACAGUAGUGCAACCCUCAGCAUGGGAGACUAAACAGUGUGGGAUAGGGGGGUGAUAGAGGGUGAGCGAGGCACACAUACAGUUUCAAAAUAAACACACGCUCACUACAAAAAUAUUUCUUUCUAUAUUUCCCCCUGGCUGUAAUUUUUGGUA